AUGGCCAGUCUGGCAUCGACGUACCGCAAGCAGGACCGGCUGGAUGAGGCCGAGCGGCUCCUGGUGCAGGCGAUGGAGGCUCGCAAGGCUCGGCUCGGCUCGGAUCACCCCAAUCCGCUGUCCAGUAUGGCUAGUCUCGCUUUCACAUGGAAGACUUCGGGGCAUCAGGCCCAGGCUCUUGACUUACUACGGACUUGCGUAGCCAAGCGGGACCAAAGACUAAGUCCUAAUCAUCUCCAGGCGUUAUCUAGUUCUGAAACAUUGCUGAAAUGGGAAAGGAGCAGCCAAAAGCCAGUGCAUCGAUAG